AUGUAUUUGGUGUUGGCUCUAGCUUCUAUUAUGGAUCCACGCUACAAAGUGACGUACUUAGAUUUCUGUUUCUUGAAGUAUGAAGGUAAUGAUCAUUCACCACUAUCAUUUAUUUUGGAGGCCAUCCAAAGGCUUCUCGAUGACUAUGUGGUGCACAGGUCCUCAAUUGAGUAUCCUAUGAGCGAUUCAGAUUCUGACGAUUCUGAUACGGGUGAAGAUCUCAUUUCUGAUGAAUUUGAUACGAGUGAAGAUCUCCUUGAACCGAUGGAAACUCUAGAUGAUCCUAGUUUUAGAUUUGACUGUUUGGAUGAGUUUAGCAAAUUUAUCCAAACAACUAGUCAUCCACCAAAGUCAGAACUUGAUUGCUAUCUGGAAGAACCUAUCGUGCCUUGGACCAAGAACUUUGAUGUGUUGAAUUGGUGGAAAACUGCUAGUCCCCGAUAUCCUAUCCUGUCAAAGCUAGCUCGCGAUCUUUUGUCAAUACAAUUCGCACUUGUUACAGGUUAUGAUGCUUAUUACACUAAUUUUCGUGCACCUGAUAGAGAUAUGACAUCCAUGAAGUCAGAUUUAGCGAAUGCCUUGUUGUCUACUAAAAGCUGGUUUGAUAAACAGCGUCGCAAUGCGGUAAUCACUAAUUCUUCUGUUCUGUGA